GAAGACAAAACACGUGCUCCGUUCGUGUCCUUCGAUCGGUUCCGCAACAUGCCUUUUGUGUGUCCAUCGUAAAUUCGAAGCGCAGGCCCCUUUGCAAAUUUUUGGAUGGACCCAAUCUCUCGGUCCGCCCCCAAAAUACCGGACGUCAUCGGUCCUACGAUGUCCUUGGAAAGCGACUGCAGUGCGGCGUCACUGUCGAGGACAAGACGCCAUAGCGUGGACAUAUCUUCCCCGACGUGCAAUCGGCGCGUUCCCACUCCAGUGGACAACAUGCACUCGUGCUCCGGACGUACCGGAGACUGGAUGGCCAUUAGCGGUGGGGCAGCAUCGGGGGCACCAAACACUCGCACCGUACGCGUCAAGAUGGGUGCCUCUGGUGGUGGUAACGCAAGGACGGCUGUGCGUAUCGCUAUGAACAAGAAUGAAACGCACGCAAUGCUUGAGAAGCACUCUCCGUCUGGACCCGGCAAGUCCAAUGUGUAUAGACUGACGACGUCUGAAUUGACAACCCCAAACGGUGCUAGGCAGAGGGUAUCGACACUGGAAGACACCAAGAUGGGUCUGAAGCAGAUGUCGUUUGGGAGGCAGAUUGGGGAUCGGUUUCACACCGUCGAGAAAUCACAUAAUCGGAUCACCGGAGAAGCGACAGUCAAGGAAGAGUCGGUGAACAUUGUCGAAAGCGACGACUUUGAGCGAGAGUGGAAGGCCCGUACUGGAAUUGCAAAGCCAUGAAAGAAUGAGGACAGGACUGGCAUGCGAAACACCCAGGAAAAAGGUGCUUGAAAAAGCGUUGCGCCGGAUUAAAAUAAAAGCAACACAUUAUUGUGGUCA